AUGUCGCUCAUCAAGUUCUCCAGCAAGAGCAUCUGCACCUACUUCUUCAAGGUCGUUGUGGACGAGACCAGCCAGCCCACCGAUUAUUUCCGCUGUCAAUGUGGCACCGUGCGCAAGCAGGCCCGGGGGACGGGCUACAGCAACCUACUCAACCAUGUCCGCAAGGAGCACCCCGACUACGCCACCACCAUGGCCGCAAGCGCUCACUCAGGAGCGCUGACGUCCUUCGUGGACUCCAAAAGCCAAACGGUGUACAACUGGCUAGACCUGAUGGUCGAGUGCAACCUCCCCUUCUCGUUUCCUGAGAAUGUGACGGUGCGCAAGUACAUGGCGAUCCCCUCCAUUUGCACGGAGACAUUCUUGAAGUACAUGCGCCUCGUCUGCGGAGAGGUAGAGAAAGAUGUGGCCGAAGCUCUUCCUGCCAAGUUUGGCAUCGUCUUUGACGGGUGCACCUUCAAGUCGGAGCAGUACGUCGGCGUCUUCCCGCACGACAACCGAGCCGAGACUGUGCUGCUCGCCAUGGCCCCUAUUGUUGACGACGAGGUCGAAGACCAUACGGCGGAGAGCCAUGUCGCGUUUUUGUCGACCGUUCUCGGCUUUUUCAAUCGCACGACUAACGACAUCAUCUACGUGGUCGGUGACAACUGCUCGACCAACGGCAAGGUGUCGACAUUGCUUGGUGUUCCGCUAGUCGGAUGCGCCAGUCAUCGCCUUAAUCUGGCGGUGACUGCGUUCAUGGGAAAACAUGAGAAGGAGCUGGAAAAACUCCAAAUGUUGAUGCGUAAGUUGCGCACACUGAAUGCUGCUGCGAGGCUUCGGUAA